AUGUUCCAACAAAGACAACCUCCGUCAGAAUCCACCCCAGUGUGGUAAGAAAAGUGAGUGAGUUAGCUAGCUAGCCAUUAAGGUAGUAAUCUGCGUUGAAUGCAAAACUUAAAUGCACCCAUAGUUUUGACCUUUUCUCAGAGAAAACACUUUUGUGCAGGCCAAACAAUUGAAAACUGCAAAAUAAAAACUGCACGAACUUGUUUCCAACGAUCGAUGGAAAUGGCUAACAUUGCUAGCUAGCCCAUUGGCUGGUUAGCUGAAGCUAACCGAGGUACAUGAAGCAUCUUUCCCUGCAUCAGAAUUUAGUGCGAAGAUCAGAUUAGAAGCUGCAGGGCCGCCAGGAUGAAGAUGUUCUCAGUCUCCCACAAGACGGUGUUUGUGGUGGACCACUGCCCUUACAUGGCAGAGUCCAGCAGGCAGCAGGUGGAGUGUGACAUCCUGACCAAGAGCCGAGGCCAAGGUGUGAUCCCCCUGGCCCCUAUCUCCAAAUCUCUGUGGACUUGUGCUGUGGAGUGUUCCAUGGAAUACUGUCGGAUUCUCUAUGAUGUUUAUCCCGCUGGCAAACUGGUGAACUAUGUCGUGAGUGACUCUGAAUUUCACAGUCUGAACACCUGGAGACAAGAGGACCAGAGCACUCACGAGCUGAUGUCUGCACUGGCAGCUGUAGGGCCACCUAACCCUCAGGAGGACCCGGAGUGUUGCAGCAUCCUUCAUGGCCUGGUAGCCGCAGUGGAGUCCUUGUGCAGCAUCACCGAGUACCAGCACGAGUCCCGGACCACUCUCAUGGAAACGGCGGAACGGGUGGCCAAUAGGGGGCGUAUUAUAUGCCUGACCAAUGCCAAGAGUGAUACACACGUGCGGAUGCUGGAGGAUUGUGUGCAGGAGACCAUACAGGAGCAGAACAAGCUGGCAGCUGGAUCUGACAGACUGAUGCCCAUCCAGCAGUGCGAGCUGGUGCUAGUCCACGUGUACCCUCAAGGAGACGACACCUUAGUCUCAGACCGCUCAAAAAAGGAGGUGUCCUCGGUGUUGAUCAGUGAGGUGCACAGCGUGCGUGCGGGGCGCCACCUGGCCUCCAAACUCAACAUGCUGGUCCAGCACCACUUUGACCUCGCCUCCACCACCAUCACCAACAUCCCCAUGAAGGAGGAGCAGCACGCCAACACGUCGGCCAACUACGACGUGGAGCUUCUGCACCAUCGGGACGCUCACAUAGAGUUCAUCAAGAGUGGGGACCUCCACAUGGCGGGGAGCACCAGUCGGGACAGCGGACUCAAGGAGACGGUCACUCUGAAGUGGUGCACGCCCCGCACCAACAGCGUAGGGAUGGACAAUAACGAAUUGCAUUACUGCACGGGCGCCUUUCGUAUGUCCCCCGUGGAUGUGAACAGUCGUCCCUCAUCCUGCUUAACUAACUUCCUCCUGAACGGUCGCUCCGUGCUCCUGGAGCAGCCCCGCAAGUCCGGGUCGAAGGUCAUCAGUCACAUGCUGAGCAGCCACGGCGGGGAGAUCUUCCUGCACGUGCUCAACAGCACGCGCUCCACGCUGGAAGACCCGCCGUCCAUCAGCGAAGGGUGCGGCGGCCGCGUCACCGACUACCGCAUCACGGACUUUGGGGAGUUCAUGAGGGAGAACCGUCUAACUCCCUUCCCAGAGUCCUCGGGCAGGGACAGCUCUGGGAAGACCCCGUCGGAGAGAGCCAAAGCCCAGCUGGAGCGCCACACACGCUACUGGCCCAUGAUCAUAUCCCAGACCACCAUCUUCAACAUGCAGGCCGUGGUCCCCUUGGCCAACCUCAUUGUGAAGGAGUCAUUGACGGAGGAGGAUGUGCUCACUUGCCAAAAGACUGUCUACAAUCUAGUGGACAUGGAAAGAAAGAAUGACCCACUGCCCAUUUCUACAGUGGGCUCCCGUGGGAAAGGCCCAAAGAGGGACGAGCAGUACCGCAUCAUGUGGAACGAGCUGGAGACGCUGGUGAAGACCCACGUCAGCGCCAGCGAGCGGCACCAGCGCGUCCUCGAGUGCAUCAGCGCCUGCCGCAGCAAGCCCGCCGAGGAGGAGGACCGCAAGAAGCGAGGGAGGAAGAGGGAGGACAAGGAGGACAAGGCGGAGAAGAACGGCAAGGAGGAGGAGAAGCCAUGGCAGGACUCGGAUAGACUGAAGUGGGCACAAGAGAAAGAGGAGCAGGCCGAGUCGGAAAUCAUCAAGGACUCUCCUGACUCUCCAGAGCCACUCAACAAGAAGCCGCGCCUUACAGAAGAAGUGCAGGUGCCGGAGAAAUCAAAAGGUCCCGUCUCGCUACUUUCUAUGUGGACCAGUAGAAUCACAACGGCUAACUCCAGGAAGCACCAAGAGUUUGCUGGGAGAAUUUCCUCGGUCAACAAUAAGGCUGAGUUGUACCAGAAUCUCAAGGAUGAGAAUGGGAUGGAUACACAUGAGAAUGGUAAAGCCACUAGAUGAUGUGCAGGAGCUCAGUGGAAGUCUCACCACAUCUUCAACACCACUUGAGGAAGGAUGUCGCUGCUCUAAAGGAUGUGAUGUCACGACGAGCCGUCGUCACAUUAGCGUGAUGUCUGACAGGCUGGUACCCCUACGUGCUUCACAAAGACUUUUCUAUACAGGGGAAAUGGCAGCGGUCUUAGGACAAGGCAUUUUUUUUGUCUUAUUUGUCUUAUUUGUUUCUUUUUUAACCCAUGUGUUUGUAAAAUCCUAAAGAUUUCUGGGAAAGAAUAAACAUAAUUGCGCAUUUGUUCAUUUUAUCUUUACAUCUCCCCUGAGAGGAAUGAGCCCCUUUCAAACAUGAAAUGUUUGAAAUGUUUCAUUCAUAAAAUUAUAAUUUGACCUUUUCAUUCCAAAACAUGGAGGAAUAACAAUGGUAACUUUAUCUCUGUGUAAUUAUAUUGAACCAAAUAAUGUAACAAAUCCAGUCUGUAUCAUGCUGUUAAAAGGCACAAUCCACACAAAAAUAUGCCCACAUUUAUAUUAAAUUACUACAUGUCAAAUGUCUUUCAGUGCCCUCAUCAAAGUAUGUACAUCAUUUGCAGCAAAUGCCCCAGUGUAAACUAAACAAGUCACCUUGUAACAAACUUUUUUAUAUAUCUGAUGAGGUGUGUCAAUUUCAUAAUAACAAGCAACAAUGGAAUGCGUUAACAUUUAGUAAGUGGUUAAAUGUAUCAAACCAUUGUUAGAAGUUUUAUACGUCAACUUACUGCAAAGGAAAUUUGGAGGCUAGGAACCAAAGGGUCUUAUUACUACCUCUGUUAGUUCUAACUCUACAAACUGUAAAUUGUCUGACAUAAAUCAGUUUGGCUUCA